AUGAGCCACUCAGAAUUGGUCCCCACCUGACCCUUGAUCCAGGCACUAGAGCCAAGCAGGGCAGGAAGGUUGGGUGAAGUCUGCCGCUCAGUGCAUAAGAACGCGUUGACAGUCCCAGUGCACAUAGUAGGCACCGAAGGUAUGCAUGCAUCCCCCAUGGGAGACCAGGCAGACUGGAUGUCGCAGCUGUGUCCGCGGCUGUGGGAUGUCCCGCUGCACCAGCUGUCCAUCCCAGGGAGCCACGACACGAUGACAUACUGCCUGACCCGCAAGUCUCCGAUCUCCCGUGCAUGCUCUCGGCUACUGCACCUGCUGAGCCGGGUCGUGCCUUUCAUCACUGGGCCGGUGGUGAUGAAAUGGUCAGUUACGCAGACUCUGGACGUGACCCAACAGCUGGAUGCAGGAGUGCGGUACCUGGACCUGAGGAUCGCGCAUGCGCCAGGGGGCUCUGCAAGGAACCUGUGCUUUGUGCACAUGAUGUACACGAAGGCGCUGGUGGAGGAUACCCUCACUGAGAUAGCUGAGUGGCUGCAAUCGCACCCCCGAGAGGUGGUCAUCUUAGCCUGCAGGAACUUUGAGGGGAUGACGCGCGAGCUGCACGACUAUCUAGUGGGCUGCAUGGUGAACAUUUUCGGAGACACGCUGUGUCCAAGCGGGGAAAUCCCCACACUGGGGCAGCUGUGGGCACGUGGGCAGCAGGUUAUUGUGUCUUACGAGGACGAAGCCACAGUCAGCCGCUAUGAUAAGCUGUGGCCUGCAAUCCCAUACUGGUGGGGGAAUGCAGUAAAGCCCGAUGUGCUGCUGCGGUUCCUGGAGACCAUGAAGGGCCAAGGCCGCCCAGGUGGUCUGUUCGUUGCUGGCAUCAACAUCACUGAGAACCUGUGCUACAUCCUCCUGCACCCAGUGGACUCCCUGGAGGAGAUGACGCGUCGCAGCCUCCCACUCAUGACCAAGUGGGUGUGUGCACAGCAGCCGGGGCAGAGCCCUCAGUGCACCAACAUCAUCGCGGGCGACUUCGUGGGCGCAGAUGGCUUCGUGAGUGAGGUCAUUAGCCUGAACCGGAAACUGCUGUCUCCCUAACUGGCAUGCCCCCAAGACGGGGGUCACCACUUCUGAGUACUUCCGUGCAGCCCAGAGACCUGCGGAACCAGCAGGCCAGGGACCCAGAAUGUUCUGCUGUCACGCUGCUGUGUUGCAGAACACACGGUGGCCACUUCUGUUUCCAUCACCAGGUGCUCACUGAUUAAGGCCUCCAUUGAUUAAGGGAUUUUGAAGUAAGGCACAUGUACAGAUGUUUUUGUGGUCUCUGGUAGCCCAGGCUAGACCCAGGCCUUAGAAACAGCUUGGGAGCCCCCCACCCCCAAUCGCCAGGUAUCAGCUUCCACAGGAAGCUCCGCCCCCAGCCACUGAGCACAAGCACCUUUUCUCACG